AUGUCAUUUGUUUCGAUAGGAGAUGUCGUCUUUUGCACCCAACUUGCGUUUCGUAUAUACACCACCCUCACCAGUGGACGAAAGAAUGCUCCUCGAGAUAUGAAGGCGUUAGGAGAGGUCCUGUUUGGCCUUUAUUGUGCUCUCAACCAUCGAGAGAGAGAGCUUGAGACCGUUCUCAGUGGGCCAAUUGCUAGAGAUGAGCAUGACAUAGUGCAGACAAGACAGCAGCUUGGGCAAAUGAUCAAACCUUGCCGAAGGGCUCUGAAGGAACUUGAUGAAGCAACUGCAAACUACCGCCAGGCCGCUCACGAUCCCCCCCGCCUGGUAUCCGGUCCAUCCUAUCGGGUGUUUGGUAUAGGUUUCUCACAGCAGCUCAAAGCUCAAGUCAGGGUUCAAUGGCUAAGAGUCCAAUGGUACCUCCGCAGCGACUCAUUCACCAAGUAUCGCAUCGAGCUCCAAUCGCAUACGAGCGCUAUCAACCUUCUUUUGAGCACCAUGACAUGGUCAAGCACCACCCGCUCUGAGGAAAUUGGCAGACGCCAGGCGCAAAGACUAGAGGAGAUUGAACAUACAACUACCCGACUGAAUGAAAACAUGGACCGACUGGUGCAGGCUAUCACCAGCCCACGAACUCACCAUCCGACUCUUAUUCUCCCUAGUCUGAUUCUUCCAAUCGGUGAUCCUGGAGCUGACUACUAUCCAACUGUAGCAUUGAACCAGGUUAUUGAUGGUAUGUUCGAUAUUACAACGAAUAACACCACUUGCUAA